AUGCUUAUACUUGUGCUUGUGUUUUUUUCUCUGGUUUCCCGUGUAGCAGCAUCAGGUUGUGAUGUUGAAGGGUUGUCAAGUGGCAGUUUUGGGUCCAAUGAGUUUGUUAUGCAUGUCUCUCCGAGACGAACAAAAUAUUGGAUGCCGAUUUGUGACAAAGCUAGCAAGCCAUUUGUGGGUCAAAGGUUUAGCAAGUUGGCUUAUGGUGUUGACUUUUAUAUCCGGUAUGUUUCUACUGUUGGGUUCGAUGUUCGUCGUAACACGAAAUCCAAGGAUAGGGAAGGUAAGAUCUUGAGGAAAUAUUUGGUGUGUUCUCGCCAAGGUUUCAAGCAGACUGCUAAGGAGGUUUGUUCGGUUGAGGAUGGGAUUGAUGGCUCUUCCAUAUCGCCAAAGAGACGUCGGGGUUCUAAUAGGGUUGGUUGUAAUGCCAAGAUCAUUUUUAAGCUUAUGGGUGAUGGGGGUUAUUCUAUGUUUUCUUUGGAGUUAAGGCACACACAUUGUUUGUGCUCGGAGGUGGCUAAGCCAUUUAUGAAGGUUAAUCAUAAGUUGAAUUUGGGUCAUCAAAGCUUUGUUGCCAAUUGUGCGAGAGCUAAUAUUGGUCCAAUCAAAUUGUUCAAGCUUUACAAGCAGAUGGUGGGGGAGUAUGCUGAUGUUGGGCCCACCAGUGUAGAUUUUCAGAAUUUUAAGCGAGAUUUAAUGGCAUAUAUUAGUGGGGGUGAUGCACAGUUAAUUGUUGAAAAGUUCCUUCAUAAGAAGGAGUUGUUGUCUGAAUUUUCUUUUGACUAUAUGAUGUGGAUGAGUAUGAUCAGCUAUCGCGUGUGUUUUGGGCUGAUCGGGAUGUUCGGCAGAAUUUUGCGUGCUUUGGUGAUGUUGUGUCCUUCAAUGCGACUUAUCAAACUAACCGGGUUUGGUGCAGUUUUGCUGUUGGCGUAUAAUCUUGUGUUCGUGCCAUUUACUUGCAUGGAUAAUCACAAAAAAUCUGUGAUGUUUGCGGCGGGGUUGAUUGCGAAGGAAGAUAUUGACUCCUAUGUAUGGUUGCUUGAUAAUUUCAAACGUGCUAUGGGUCACGAGCCAACAUACGUUGUCACCGAUUAA